CAAUCGAUCGCAAAGCGCGUGGCAGAGGAAUAUGGGACCACAGCGGGGGAGCUGGUCGGAUUUCGUGUGGGAAGCCGUGGCGGUGGAUCCGGAGCCGACUCUAAGAAAAUCUGCGCAAAGACGGUGAUUGAGUUCGUCACAGAGGGACUUCUUCUCUUUCAGCUUUCUCGCUCCCCGGAAAGUUUUGCGAACUUCGAUUGCAUUGUGAUCGAUGAGGCUCACGAACGGAACAAGGAGACGGAUCUGUUGCUAGCAUUGUGUCGCAACCACCUGCGCACACCCGGACACUCGCCUCUCAAAGUCGUCGUCAUGUCCGCCUCGAUCGACCCGACACGCUUUCGGGACUACUUCGACGGCUGUCCCACAGUUGAUUGCCCGGGCAAGAUUUUCCCCGUGGAAGAAUACUAUCGACCACCACCAGCUCUCCCACGACCGGAGGACGACGGCGAACCGAAAAAGAAAAGUGGCAAACCGGAUAUCGUGGCCCACGCGGUGGAUGUCCUCUUCGAUGAUGUGGUCAACCACCGAGCAUCCGGAGAUGUGUUGAUCUUUCUUUCUGGUAGCAAGCAAAUCAUGCAGUGCGUGGACCGAAUCAAUGCUCGGGCAAAGGAGACCGUACUCAGUAGCAAGGGAACAUCAGUUAAGGCAGCGGAUGAAACUGAUAGUUCUUUCCACUCUAAGCAAACAGGAGCUCUUGUUUCUCUUUAGACUCCAUACGCAUAGCAUGAGAAAAUACAAUGGACUUAUUUUACAGAAAAUGAAUAUGAAGCAUUCACCUCGCAAGGAGCACUAAUUCAUCGGCUGAAAGAUCGUCUCGCAAGGUGGAACGCCGCGUCGGUGUUGUCGCAUACCCCUUAUUUGCGAGCAUGCCUGAGGAGGAGAAGCGACGAUCGACCGAUCCCGAUCACCGCGCAGGCGUCUUGGAGGAGAACGGAAAGAACCCUGCUGUAUGCGGAGAGGAUUCCAGCAGCAUGCGCAAGGUGAUUUGUUGCACCAACAUCGCGGAAACGUCACUCACGAUCGAUGGAGUUGCUUUUGUGUUGGAUGGCGGCACAGCCAAUAAGCAGAGCUACAAUCACGAGCUGCGGAGUGCCGCACUGGGAGAGGAGCUCGUGUCGCGCGCGUCGACGAUGCAGCGCAGGGGCCGAGCCGGGCGCACUCGCGCGGGCUACUGCUUCUACCUGUACUCGGAAACGACGCACAAAGAGACGAUGCCACCCUACGAAACUCCGCAGAUCCUCCAAACCUCGGUGGACGCAUUGAUCCUCUACGCACUGAAUGUCCAAGGAAAGAGCAUCGAGCAGAUCGGACUGCUAGAUUGUCCACCGGGCCACAGCGUGGCAGACGCCAAGGAGCGGCUCCUAGACCUGGAAUUGAUUCGGGUUGUCGACGGUUCGGAACCUUCGAAGGCUGGCCCCACGCUAUUGGAGCUGACGGAAGAAGGCAAGCUGGCA